UUGCAAGCCCUAUCCCAGGCCCAGCCCAUAGUUAGAAAUUGCUGCGUAUUAUGGUGCAAACUUGUUCCGCGACUGAAAACCGAAGCCAAGAAAUCAACGCCGUGGCGUCCGAGACUGACUCGUUAAACUGGGUUUUUCUCUGUCUUUCAAGACCAAUUGUUGAAGCUUAAACUACUUUUGAUGACUAGGGCUUAUUGCCUGUACAAAUUUUGGAAUAGCCUCAUUGCUAGCCUUCUAAUUUCAUUACCAAUCAUAUGGCCUUUUAUAUUAACCUCAUUGCGGGUUAGAUAGCAGAGGAGUUCUGCUUGGACAUUUCAUAUACAAAUGCGACAACUAAAUUCUAUCCUAGGUCAUCUUUCAGUGACAGAGGAAAAUGUCUCAAGUGAGAGUGUUAGUCAUGUACGAUGGGGAAUGGUUUAGUUCCAGUGGUCAUUUUGUCUACAAUGGUGGUAAAACAAAAGGGAUAAUAAUUUCUGACAAAAUUACUUACCAGGAGCUUGUGGAUAGAUUGUACCAGCUAGUCAAGGUAGAUCCAAAUGAAUAUGCAAUCAUAAUGAAGGCCUUAUAUAAAGCAAAUAUACCUACCAUACCUGCGGAGAUAGUUAAUGAUGAUGAUGUGAGAUUCUUCAUAGAUGAAAAUGUUGCACAACCCACAGACGCAAGAAGUCCAUUAUGCAUUACUCUCAAGUGUAGGGAAUCACAGUUUCAAGAAGGAGAAGGUUGUUAUCCCAUCUUGGAUCAUCAAAACCCAUUUGCUUCUGGAAGUGAAAGCAACCAACUUUCAGUUAUCGUGCCUGCAACACAAGAAGGAACUCAAGUUGAGAAACCAGAUCCAAUAGCAUUUGACGAUGAUGCAAUGCACAUCAGUUUUGGAACUCAAGCAGAAUUAGGUUGUGGUGAUGCAUUAUUAGCUGACGAUUUAGAGGUUGUUGCACAACAUAAUGCUCAAGAUGAAGAUGUGCCUCAUGUGGAAUAUGGGGAUAAGUUGCAUGUUCGACGAUGUGAUCAUUCAGGUGCAAUAGAUGACCCAUUCAACUCUUAUGAAGAUAUAGCAUGUGGGAAAAUGUUUGCAAAUAAAAAGGAAUUGCGAAAGAAGCUAAAACUUGGAGCAGUGAAGAACAAUUUUGAGUUCAAAGUGAGGAAAUCUACAAAAGAUAGAUUUGAAGUUGUAUGUGCAGAUGAGAACUGUAAGUGGCGACUUCGUGCAACUAAACCAAAAGAUGAAGAAUAUUUUUUGAUAAGAAGAUUUUCUAAUGUCCACAGUUGUACAAAGCCACCAGCGAAAAAACGCCGGAAGCAAAAGGUUAUACUAGCUGGAGAAAGGCCCAUUCGAAAGUGUGGGAAAUGUGCUGCAAUUGGUCAUAACCGGCAAACGUGCAAGAAUGUUACGCUCACUGAAUCAUAGCUAUAAAAAAAGGACUAGGAUUUGCGA